CCCAGCCCAGCCGACCUCAGCCAUGAGAGCGCUCAUCCUGGCCUUCCUCGGGCUCUGCUGCCUCACGGUGCACGUUGUGGAAGGCGUGGGGAGCGAAGUCCUGGAGGAGAGGAUCUGUGUGAGCCUGACCACCCGGCGCCUGCCUGUGAAAAACAUCAAGACCUACACCAUCAAGGAGGGCCCGAUGCGAGCAGUCAUAUUUAUUACCAAACGUGGCUUUAAAAUCUGUGCCAAUCCACAAGAAGAUUGGGUGAAAAAAGCAGUUGAACAUGUGAAGUCCAACAGAAAAAACAAGAACCAGACCAAGCCUACAGGAGCCCAGCAAUCCACCAGUACAACUGUGACCCUGGCUAGGUAGUGGCCUUCCGACCCCGUGUCCCCUCACGAACCAGCCAACUGAUUUUCCUUUACGAGCUCAUGGACCGAUUAAAUUAUAUUCACCUUUUCUGAAAGUGCCACGUGUGUCACAU